CUCGUUUUCGUUAUUCAGCGCUCAGUCAUUUCACGAUCGUUGAAAAGUGCAAACAUAUGAUCGCGAGAAAGGUUGCGCUUGCGUGUUCGGAGUAGCCAUCGGAGCGAGAAUACAAUAAUUUCUUUCAAUAACAUCCAGCCAGACCGGCAGACAAAGCAACGUGUGUAAGGUUGUGCGCGUGUACUUUUGUGUUCAAUUGAAUGCUGCUGGCGAAACAACGUUAUCUUAGAUUCACUAUCAACAGCUUCGGCCAAUCUUAUCAUCAGUGUCAAUUCCAUCAAGGAACCCCGAGACGCGCACUUUUCGGCAGUCUGGUGGCAAUAUCGGCCACCGAGUCGUCUGCUGGUGUAUCACCGGUGACCCUAGCGAACGGUUCCGCAGCGGUAGUGGACGUCGCGGCAACCAGGCGGAACAGUCUACCGGCGGCACCGAUUUGCAAAGCGCUCAAACACACAUCCGCCACGCUCGGGAACGGAAGCAGUAACGCCGUCCGGAUGACGAACGACAGGGCACCGGUGGCGGAUCACGCCAAGCGGACGCAGGAGGCACGUGAUAUGCUCCGCAAGGCACAAAUCGUUUGCUUCGAUGUCGAUUCGACCGUUAUCACCGAGGAGGGUAUCGAUGAGCUGGCGCAGUUCUGCGGCAAAGGCGCCGAGGUGGCAGCACUUACCAAAGAAGCCAUGGGCGGUAGCAUGACCUUCCAGGAAGCCUUGAAGCGACGGCUGGACAUCAUCAAACCUUCGCAGAAACAGAUUCGCGAAUUUCUCAAGACGCACCCGAGCACGAUUUCCGCCGGCGUCCGAGAGCUGAUCGACCAGCUGAGGCAGAACAGUGCCGAGAUCUACCUGGUCAGCGGUGGAUUUGAUUGCCUGAUCGAGCCGGUUGCCGAUGCACUGGAGAUUCCCCUGUGCAAUCUGUUUGCUAAUAAGUUGUAUUUCUACUUCAACGGAACCUACGCCGGUUUCGAUACCACGCAGGUGACGUCCAAAUCCGGCGGUAAAGGCGAAGCGAUCAAGAUCAUCAAGAGUCGCUUCAAGAACAACAAGGUGGUGGCGAUGAUUGGCGACGGUAUGACAGAUUUGGAAGCUAGCCCACCGGCCGAUUAUUUCAUUGGCUACGGUGGCAACGCGGUACGCGAAGAAGUUCAGAAACGGGCGACAUAUUACGUGACGAAUUUCGGCGAUCUCCUGUGGUAAACAAUCUAGAAGCGCCAAGUGCCACCGAACCAACGAAAGCCCCCCCGCCUGUAAAUAACCCGCUAGCUUAUUAGUUAAGUCGACAUAUUUCUUUCGCAUUCGUAUCAGAGAGCAUUGUGAGUUUGCCGAAUCCACUAAUCCGUGAAGAGUGUUGUGUUGUUGAUUGAUGUUUAAUUAUUUUUCUUGUUCUCGGUUGAUAGACAAUAAGUUAGCGUUAAACGUAUUAGCUUAAGAAAAUCAAUAAACAGAGGAAACAGUGUAAUU